UCUUGCUCCAUUUUUUCUUUUACUUGCAUUUUAUCCUAGACGAUGCUUUCCUCAAUUCUUGCCAAAUUCAACACCUCUCCUCGCGUCGCCUUCCUUCCGAAGCAGGCACUGCGGCAGCUGCUUGGCCGGCGACUGAAGCACACAGGAUCGAUCCAAAUGGACAUCGUGCAGAAGCGCAAGGCACUGCAGCAGUUCCACGGCAAGCCCGAGGUGACGAUAUUCGACCGGCAAACAAAGCAGACAUACAAGUGGGGCAUGUGGGUGGUGGCCGGGCAGAUGCUGAUGUGGAUAAACUUUGCCGACUUUUACUGGCGGUACUCGAUGGACAAGGACGAGACCACGGGCGAAUUGACGCUGUCGGCGCCGUGGAAGCGCGCGUGCAUCUCGGCAGUCGCCAUUCUGGCCGGCGUGUCGAUUGGCGGCGGCAUUCUGCAUUACAUCAGCAGAUCGAUUGCGCGCGUCAAGGUGCUGGACGGGCAGACAGUGCGGAUCGAGACGUACCGGAUCACUGGCUACGGUGUCAAGGCGCGCGAGUACCCGAUCACGUCGCUGUAUUCGAGGGACCUGCUGUUCACAGGGCAGGGAGCAAAUGGAGUCACCAAGCCGGGGUCCCCGCAGUACAGCAUCCAUGCGCCUGGCAACAGCUAUGCGUUUAUUAUGAACCGGGCCGGCUGGUUCAAGAACCCAAAGAUGUUUGACGUGCUGUUCCAUCGCAGCGCGCAAAAGGCGUGAUACAGAAA